CUUAAAAAGAGUAGAGAAAUCGAUAUUAUCGUUCUGGGUGGACAUGGAUAUCCUUGUUCUGUCGGCUUCAGUUUUAGGUUUUGUGCUCCUUUUUUAUAUUCUCAAGUCCUCAGGCUCCCUUUCAAAGGCCUCCGCCACUCUCCCUCCUGGAAGUUUUGGGUGGCCUGUAAUAGGAGAAAUGCCCGAAUUCGUAGCCUCCAUGUGGGCCAACGGAUAUCAGAGCUUUCUAGAGAAUAGGAAUAAGCGAUACGGAACCAUCUUCAAAACAUCUUUGUUUGGCUACCCAGUAGCAGUGUUUUACAGUGCUCAAGGCAAUCGAUUUCUCUUCAACGCCGACGUCCAAAGCUAUUUUCCUGCUUCGGCUAUGAACUUAUUGGGAAAUUCCUUAAUUAGCAAAGUUGGGGAAGACGCCAGAGUAGUGAGAAAGAUGCUCAUGAACUUUCUAAGGCCACAAGCUCUGCAGAAAUUCGUGGGCAGAGCAGAUUCUAUCGUUAACGAUCAUAUCAAUAGUAAGUGGAUUGAAAAGCAGCAAGUAAAAGCGUUUUCUCUCAUUAAAGGCGGUUUGUUUGCUGUGGCUUGCAGUCUGUUUAUGAGCGUUGGCGAUGAAGUCCAACAAAAUGAACUGCAUGGUCCUUUCAGCGAUAUAUUAAAGGGAAUUGUGCAGAUCCCUGUGGAUAUCCCUGGAACACCGUACCACAAAGGUUUCAUCGCUAGAAAGCAAGCCCACAAAUUAAUGCAAAAGGUCGUAGAUAGAAGGAGGAAGGAUUUGUCAAGCGGGUCAGCUUCACCGGAGCAGGACUUAUUGUCCUUCCUUCUCUGCAACGUUGAUGACCGUGGGCAAAAAAUGAGUGACGAAGAUAUCAUAGAUAAUAUCAUGAUGCUUGUUGUCGCCGGCCAUGAGACCACCCUUGUCGCCGUAACGUUUCUGCUAAGAUAUCUGGCUCUCCAUCCACACUGCUACGCCCAAGUACUUCAAGAGCAUCUACAGAUCAUUACUGAGAUGGAAGGGAGGCAAGAUUUGGAAUGGAAUGACAUACAAAAGAUGAAGUAUUCAUGGAGAGCGGCACAGGAGACGUUGAGACUACAACCUCCAUCUCUAGGCUCGUUGCGGGUGUGCUCGGAAGACAUCUCUUACGAUGGGUUUGUCAUUCCCAAAGGAUGGAAGUUAUGCUGGGCAACAUAUUCUACGCAUAAGAAAGAAGAGUAUUUCCCUGAGCCGGAGAAAUUUGAUCCAGGGAGGUUCGAAGGGAAGGGGCCAGAGCCGUAUACAUUUGUGCCGUUUGGAGGGGGCCGUCGAAUGUGUCCGGGGAAUGAAUAUGCACGGAUGAUAAUUUUGGUGUUUCUUCAUAACAUAGUCAAAAGUUUCAAAUGGGAUUUGGUGGACGCAAAUGAAAAGAUCUUCUGUAAUCCGCUGCCCCUUCCUGCACAAGGACUGCCCCUUCGCCUGCUUCCACUCUCUCAACAGAAAGCCGUCUAAGCGAUUCUCACCUUAAUUCACUAUAUAUUUGUUUUAAGUAUGCAUUCCACUGUUGUUUUGUGCUUAAGGUUUGUUGUUAGAUUUUUUCCAAUAUUAGGAAUUGGAAAACGUGUGUUAAAUGUAACUAAAUGGCAUUGAGCUACAUGCUUUAUCAUUACGUUGAAAUAAAUCUA